CCCGGCAGGGGCUCCAUGGAGCUGCGGGCCAGCAACUCCAGCUGCGAGAACGGCUCCUUCAUCAACCUCUACUGCUCUUCCCAUGAAGUCCUGUGCCAGAUCGUCAGUGGCCUCAGCCCCCAGGUGCCCAGCAAUGCCACCGGGAGCAGCUGGCAGGAGAGGUUCAGGCAGAACUACGGCUUUUACGUCGGCCUCGGCCUGGCCUUCCUGUCCAGCUUCCUGGUCGGCACCAGCGUCAUUCUCAAGAAGAAAGGCCUCCAGCGACUCGUGGCCACGGGGGCCACUCGGGCAGUGGACGGAGGCUUUGGCUACCUGAAAGACGCAAUGUGGUGGGCCGGAUUUCUCACCAUGGCUGCUGGGGAAGUUGCCAACUUCGGGGCCUACGCAUUUGCACCUGCAACAGUCGUCACGCCUCUGGGAGCACUCAGCGUCCUCAUAAGUGCCAUCCUGUCCUCCUACUUCCUGGGUGAGAGCCUGAACCUGCUGGGGAAGCUGGGCUGCGUGAUCUGCGUGGCAGGCAGCACAGUGAUGGUGAUACACGCCCCCGAGGAGGAGAAGGUCACCACCGUCAUGCAGAUGGCUUCCAAGAUGAAAGACACGGGCUUCAUCGUGUUUGCCGUGCUCCUGCUGGUGUCCUGCCUCAUUCUCAUCUUCGUCGUCGCCCCACGUUACGGGCAAAGGAACAUCCUCAUCUACAUCAUCAUCUGCUCUGUGAUCGGGGCCUUCUCCGUGUCUGCCGUCAAGGGUCUGGGCAUCACCAUCAAGAACUUCUUCCAGGGCUUGCCUGUUGUGAGGCACCCACUGCCCUACAUCCUGUCGCUCAUCCUGGCACUCUCCCUAAGCACUCAGGUCAACUUCCUCAACAGGGCGCUGGAUAUUUUUAAUACCUCCCUGGUGUUCCCCAUCUACUACGUGUUCUUCACCACGGUGGUCGUCACCUCUUCCAUCAUCCUCUUCAAGGAGUGGAACAGCAUGUCAGCUGUGGACAUCAUGGGAACCCUUGCUGGCUUUGUCACCAUCAUCUUGGGAGUGUUCAUGCUUCAUGCUUUCAAAGACCUGGCCAUCAGCUGGGCCAACUUGCCCCACAUGCACAAAAACCCAACACCACCUACUCCCAGCCCAGAGCCCACCGUCAUUAGACUGGAAGACAAGAAUGUCCUUGUGGACAAUAUAGAACUUUCCAGCACCCCGUCACCAGAAGAGAAGCCCAGAGUAUUUAUAAUCCAUUCAUAA